UCUUACUGAACGUACUGGAAAAACCAUUACGGUGACUGUACUCUGCAAAACUUCAUUGUUGUAACUAAAUAACAAGUGGAUUUCGUUCUUUGUCAUUUGGAAUAGAGCCUUUAGUAGUGUUCGGGUGAAAAGGCAGUUUUUGUGGUGUUUGAACGUUUUAAAAUGUUCAUAACAGAGUGAUUACGAUUGAGUUUAUUGCGUUUACUGUUUUGCUUAAUCGUUUAUUUGCUAUAUUAUUAUGCGUUCACUCACUGCCGCGAACGGGGUAGCACCCUUGCCCGAUUUGGAAGUUCCGUCUGAAAUAAGGCGCAACAGCGGGGCCGACGUAGAAAUGGCCGGUGCCCAAGAUACGAUCUACUUGUGCAAUUUCCGCGUCUCCGUCGACGGAGAGUGGCUUUGCCUGAAGGAGUUACACGACAUUGAGAUGCAGGAUUCCUUCACUCGUCCAAACGAAAAUGCUCGUGAUCCAGUGGUGAUAGAACGUAGCAACCUCGUGAACAUCUCCAAAUUGAUAGUGAAAGAAUUGAUCGAGCAAUCGCUUCGCUAUGGCCGUAUGCUCGACAGCGACCAUCUUCCCUUGCAUCACUUUUUCAUCGUCCUCGAACAUGUUAUGCGUCAUGGACUUAAACCGAAAAAGGGGCUUCUUGGACCAAAGAAAGAGCUGUGGGAUAUACUUCAAAUGGUGGAGAAGUAUUCUCCGGAGGCGGCCGAUAUUACAGCCAGUGUAAGAGACCUGCCAACUGUUAAGACUGCAAUGGGUCGCGCCCGUGCUUGGUUACGUCUGGCUUUAAUGCAGAAGCGUCUUGCUGAUUAUCUAAGGAUUUUACUGGAACGUCGUGAAGAGACUUUAGAGGAAUACUUUGAACCUCAUGCAUUGAUGUUGAAUGAGGAGGCAGUUAUCAUCACUGGCUUGCUUGUUGGACUUAACGUUGUCGACUGUAAUCUCUGUGUUAAGGAAGAAGAUUUAGACAGUCAGCAAGGUGUGAUCGAUUUCUCGCUGUACUUGCGCGGCAGCAACUCCUCCAACGACAUAGCCGGCAAUGGAAACAACGCUAACACAGAGCCGAAGCAACGCCAUAUUAACACAAUGUUGGACCAGAAAAACUACAUUGAAGAACUUAAUAGACAUCUCAAUGCCACUGUGGCUAAUUUACAAGCCAAAGUAGAAUCUCUUACAACCACCAAUGCUCUCAUGAAGGAAGAUCUUGCUAUUGCUAAAAAUACAAUGAUUACACUUGUAGAGGAAAAUAAUCAGCUGAAACAUGCUUUGGGUCAGGAUAUAACCAAAGACAGUAGGAUGAAAAUAACAGAAGUGCUUUCUGAAGAGGAGGAGAAACAUAGCGUGAAGAGCUCCUCGUCGGAUAAAUCUAAGAAUGAAAAGGAUUCCGAAAUGGGAAAGAUGUUGGAAGAGGAAAGAAAGAAGAAUAUGGAACUGCAAAAGGAAUUGGAUUUGCAGAUAUCGUUAAAAGCGGAGAUGGAAGUUGCAAUGAAAUUGCUAGAGAAAGACAUCCAUGACAAACAAGACACCAUUAUAUCUUUACGAAGGCAACUCGAUGAUAUAAAGUUGAUCAAUUUGGAGAUGUACAAGAAGUUGCAGGAAUGUGAAAGUUCCUUGAAACAUAAAACAGAGCUAAUUGCCAAAUUGGAAGCAAAGACUGAGUCAAUGGGCAGCACGAUACAUCAGCUCGAUGAGAAGUUACAAGAGGAUAAGUUAACAAAGAAGAAUCUAGAAGAGAGCGCGAGGUCAUUAGGACAGAAGGCGGCCGCAGCUGAGACUAGAGCGGUCGCCGCAGAAGGAGACUUGAAGAUUGAGAAGGAAUGGAGAAUAUCUCUACAGGAUUCUAUGAUGCGUGAUAGAGACAAAAUAUCAAUAUUAACACAAGAAGUGGAAUCGCUAAAAUCUAUAGGAAAAAAAUAUAUCGCAUUACAAGAAGAACAGCAUACACUUAAAGCACAAUAUAUCGAAGCUCAGAAGACUUUGGAAGAGGUAGGCGCUACUUUAAGUGAGAAUAAGCUCCAAUUAGCUGAGCUUUUGGAAAAAGAAGCUCACUCUACUACUGAAGACACACCGAACUGGACAAGUGAUAAAGACGCGGUGGCAUGCGCAGCUUGUACUAAAGAAUUUAAUAUUGCAAGGAGAAAGCAUCAUUGUAGACGGUGUGGCCAUAUAUUCUGCGCGGCGUGUAGCGACAAAACUGUCGCGUUACCUGGCAACACUAAACCUGUCAGAGUUUGUGACACAUGUUUCAAUGAAGUCAGACUUACGUAGUCUUGAAAUAAUUCCAUUUUGGAACACAAUUAAGUCCUAGAGGCUCUUGUAUUUGUAUGCUGAAGAAAUGCAAAUUGUAGAUUGCCGUCAACGGUGCGUGUUAAAGGAAUUUGUAACUAAAUGUUUAAGCUUUAAAGCUGCUAAUCGCUUAGCAGAAUUGUUAUUUAGCCCCUAAUUUACUAUAACCACUAAAUUAUGGUUCGCUAGUCGUAUCGUAUAUUUCAUAUAUCAAUCAUAUUUUAUUUAGUGUGAUUAAAUUGAAAUUUAAUUUACAGCGACUUAACUGCCACUGUUAUUAAAAAUGCAUUUUAUCUAAAGAAAUUUUAUUAAUUCAAUAUUGACAUUAGUAAGGGAUCAAUUAUCAUUUUUGUUUUAAUUUUUAUAAUGUAAAUUAUUGAUUUGUUAAAAAAAUUAAAAUAUUUUGUAUCUCUUUGUAUAUCUUGCUUCCUUUUUACUUCUCUUCGCUUCUACUUCUUUGUUCUUUACACUUACAAAAAAGAACGUCCUAUUAAGUACUAGUUUACUUAUUCAAUUCUUGCCUUUUGUUAACCGUUAUAUUUUCAAUAGUUUGUACAAAAUUAUUGUUAAAAUGUGGAACUUUAGUAGAAAACCAUAGUUAAAAAAAUACACAUGAGUAUUCAAAUGUAGUAAUAGUAUAUAGUUUACAAAAAUCAGAGUGAUGUCGAUGUGUUCAAAUGUUGUUAAAAUUUAGGGCCUGUUUCUCCACUAGCUGAUAGAGGCUCAGAUAGCUUAAAAAUGAAGUCACUGUCAGAUUUUUCCAUCGCAUGUUUUUCACGUUGGAUUGUUAUCAGACAAUUUACAAUUUGGUGGGACAGGCCCAAGUCUGGUAAAUAUUUGUUAUUGUCUCCGAUAGUAGAGGAUAGCAAUCACUUACCCAUAUUAUAUCUUUGGUACGUUUUUUAUAAAAAAAAAAUGGGUUACUUCAUAGUUGCCAGUGAUAUCUUACGAAAGAGACAACCGUAUAAUGUUUCAGUAGGUAAGACAGAGAAAGAUGUCUUUUGCCUACAAAAAUGCGCUUUGAUUUAAUUCUAUAUUCAGAGACUAGAAAUAAUGCUUAUUGGAAUUAUGUUUCAGAUAUUAAAUAAAUAUUUCAUUGUAAUUUGUAAAUCAAUUUAAACAUUUAUAAAUAACUUUAUUUCUAUGUUGUAUAUUUUAUUGACAUAUUUAAUGUUUUACUAAAUGAAUAUAAGACUAAUUGAUAAACGAAUUUAUAAUUUUUGGAUUAUUAUUGUUUAUCUUGACAUGGUUACAACGAAAAAGCGUGUUUUUAUUGUUAUAUAGUGUUCAUUUAUAAUCAAUUUAAUAUGUGUAAAUAAAUGUAUAGUGAUGAAUUAUGGAAAUUAUAUACGAUUAACAUGGA